AUGUCUGAGGUCGACAAGGAGGCAAGCUUAGAGGUGAAACACCUUGAGACAAGUAGAACGUCCAGCAUCCCAUUCAAAGAGGCGAGCAUUGACAACGACGCCGAGUUUGGUGGAACCGAGGAGCGGAGAAAAUUAGAAAGAAAACUAGUGCGCAAGAUAGACGCUCGAAUGAGCAUUAUGGUGAUCAUAUACAUCUUAAACAGUAUCGAUAGGAACAAUGCAGCUGCGGCAAGACUGCGGGGCUUUGAAGAAGACCUAGGGCUUCAAGGCCAGCAAUUUGCAACCAUCCUUUCGAUUUUCUAUGUAGGAUACAUUCUAAUGCAGGUGCCUAGUAACAUGUUCUUAAAUUGCAAGUCAGAGAUAUGCGAUAAGAAGCGUAUUAAUAAUACUUUCACAGAUAUAGGAAAACCCUCCUUGUACCUUCCUGUAUGCAUGAUACUUUGGGGAGGAAUCUCGUGCCUUACAGGUAUCACACACAGUUUUGUUCCAGCACUUCUAACCCGCUUCUUCCUCGGCUUUGUCGAAGCCGCAUUCUUUCCCGGAGCACUCUUCAUUUUGUCUAAAUGGUAUAAGCGAGAAGAACUCGGCUUACGGACCGCAAUACUCUACUGUGGAAGUCUUUCUUCAAAUGCCUUCGGCGGUCUACUUGCGGCUGGAAUUCUAGAUGGUAUGGAGGGGAAAUUAGGUCACGCUGCCUGGCGUUGGUUAUUCUACUUGGAGGGCGCGAUUACAAUUGCAGUGGCUAUUCUGGCUGUUUUUGUACUUCCGGACUUUCCGAGUACAAGUAGUCGGUGGCUAUCUCCGAUAGAACAGAGGCUCGCAGAGCUGCGUAUGAUCGAAGACGCUGGCGGAGAGGCUGAUCACGACUCUAGUACGGAAGGACCAUUCUAUGGGUUUAUUCUUACUGUCAAGGACUGGAAGGUCUGGUGGCUUUCUGUCGCAUUGACCGCGCAAGUUGUUGGAUUAAGCUUUAACUCGUAUUUCCCAACCCUUACAUCAACCCUCGGUUUCAAUCGUACUAUCUCUCUAUUGUUAUGCGCGCCGCCAUGGGCGUUUGCAUCAGUUGUUUCGUUUAUCUGUUCACGACAUGCUGAUAAAACUGGCGAACGAUUCUUACAUAUCGCCGGUUCAUAUCUCGUCGGUAUUAUUGGUUUCGUUAUUGCUGAAGUGACGAUGAAUGUGGCAGCACGUUACAUCGCCCUUUUCUUAAUGGCGCAAUCUUAUGCGGGAUUUAUCAUUUUUUGGGCAUGGUGCUCAAAUUCGUUGCCGCGUCCACCCUCGAAACGAGCUGUUGCGCUGGCGCUCAUUAAUUCAUUCUCUCAACUAGGAAACGUAUCUGGAUCAUAUGUGUGGCCGACCAAGUGGGGAAAUACGGCAAGUUUUUUGGCUUAUAGUUCAGGCAAUAUUUUAACCGAAAGCUUUGCGCAGUACCGUAACUCAUAUGGGAUAUGUACCGCAUGCUUUGGGUUGACCAUCACUAUGUGCUUCGCUUUCAGACAACAUCUAAUAUCUUUAAAUAGUCGACUCGAGAGAGGAGAGGAAGUCGAUGGCAUUUGCGACAUGAGGGAUUUUGUCGAUGACGCAGUGGAAACACAAGAAGUUUCAACGGAAGAAAUCCAGCAUAGACGCAAGGGAUUUCGAUUUGUCUAUUGA